GCUUGGCGUUUGGUACUGUAGAUGGCAGUUGUAUGGAAUAUAUUUACAGCUUUUUGUCGCAAAUCACGUUGGUUCCCGCGAGCAUGCGGAUGUGCUGCAACUCGACUAAUGUCUGAAGUAGUGCUGGAGGGAAUUGACACCACGAAUCCUGCAGUGCUGUCCGUAAAUCCGUAAGAGUAGGAGGGGUGGAGAUCUCUUCUGAACAACACGUUGCAAGGCAACCCAGUUAUCGCUGAAGUCGUGUCGAGAAACGCAAAGAACGCCAAGCUAGUGCGGUCCGCCGGUAAGCUGUUGCCCGCGAUAAUGGAGGUGAGCACGCAGACGGGCGCGGUGGGCGACGCGCAGGUGGAGUGCAUCGUGGUGCUGCGCGCCUUCUCCCCAGGACCGGGGCCCCCGCCGGAGCAGGCGCACAGCGGCGCCGACGACGACGACGACGCUCUGCAGAAUGACGACACACAGGACACAGAAACAAAAGAUGAAGAUUCAAGUCAGCCUUCUGAAAACAAUGUGCCUCAAACAUCAACUACGUCUUCUGAGGAAACGCAGAGAAAGAGCAUUACUACAGCCGAAAAAAGAACAGCUCAGGAAAUGGCGAGAAAUGCUCGAGUUGAGGAAGGUUAUCAGAUUUUAAGAACUGUUAGCAACAGAGAUGAAUGGAGUGUGUAUGGAGAGUUCAUCGCCAAUGAAAUGAGAAAUUUUUCCCUCACAACACAAACGUUUGUGAAACACAUCACAGGAAAUGCGCUAUUCAGAGCAGCAUACUCUGUUGAUGGAAGGAACUGA